GGUCCUCCUACCUGCUUUUUCUCCAGGGUAGUUUAGGGUAACGUUAUCUCCUGCUUCAUCACUGGGAGAGCCUUCCAGAUCUUGCAGGAUUGCCCCUUAUGAUCCUUCACUUCCAAAAUGGAUCCAGUGAUCCCCUAAUUCCAUCUGACAGGAUGAGAUCCUUCUGUGCAAUGUUCCUGCUGCUGCUGUUCCUUCUGUCAUAUGUCCACAGUGAUUCUGUGGCCACUCCCCAGGACAAGAUUCCAUUAGAAUCCCAAGGAUCUACUAUCAAGGUGGAGACUCUCACAGGAUCUCACAGACCGGAGGGGGCUGAGCUGGGGUCUGCAGGACCUCUGACCCACCAUGGUAUCCAGGAGCAGGUCAUUCGGUCCACCAGCCAACCAUCCACACGAGAGAGAGGAUCCUUGAGGACAACUGGGGCUGACAUCACCACUGAUGGUUCUACAGAUGGACGGCCGAUUUCUGGUGACCUCAGUCGCAGCCGCCCCGGACACAACCCCCAUCAUCCCCCUGGAGAUGCUGAUGAAUGUGCUGCUCUGGAGCCCCCUUGUGGACGAUAUGCAAACUGUACCAACACCAUCGGCUCCUUUGUCUGUCACUGUCAUCGUGGUUUCCUUAAAGGGCCAAGCGGCUGUGAGGAUGUGGAUGAAUGUCACGUGGCUGAAAUAACGGGGCUCCAGGCCUGCCCCCGACAUUCCACCUGCCACAACACCAUUGGAUCUUUCAGCUGCAGCUGUGACGAGGGCUUUGUCUUUGGGUUGGACGGGAAACACUGUGUUGAUAUAGAUGAGUGUGCUUUUGAAGAUCGGUGUCGUCGCGAGUUGGGGAACCUUUGUGUGAACAAUGAUGGGAGUUAUCGCUGCAGCUGUCAGGCAGGAUUCCAGGAAUCCGGACUUUCCUGCAUUGAUGUGGAUGAAUGUAAGGAGAACUCCAACAUCUGUUCUGGGAUUGGAGUUUGUGAGAAUGUGGUGGGAAGCUACCGCUGUGGCUGCCAGGCUGGUUUUCGAGGCAACGGAACCUAUUGUGAAGAUGAGAAUGAGUGCGCCUCUGGGAGACAUGGCUGUGACACCAAUGCCCACUGUGGUAACGUUAUCGGCUCAUACUUCUGCCAAUGCUAUCAAGGGUUCAACGGAGAUGGCUACAGCUGCUAUGAUAUUGAUGAGUGUUCUUUGGAUAAUGGGAGCUGUGAGCAGCUGUGUGUGAACCAGGUCGGCAGCUUUCAGUGUCAGUGCCACCAGGGAUAUCAUCUUCUGCCCAAUAAAAAGAACUGUACAGAUAUUGAUGAGUGUCAGACAGAGAAUGGAAAUUGCAAGCAGAUGUGUAGAAACACAGAAGGGUCCUACCAGUGUUUGUGUCGGAAGGGCUUUCAGUUACACGUGGAUCGACGUCAGUGUGUGGAUAUUGACGAGUGUAAGAUCGACAGCGGAGGUUGUUCCCACUCCUGUAAUAACACUGAAGGGGGGUUCAUCUGUCUGUGCCCCCCACACCAGGCUUUGACCCGGGAUCAGCGGACCUGCAUUAAUAUCACAUCAUGUGGGGUAAAUAAUGGCGGCUGUGAGCAGCGGUGCAGUGAUCGGCUGGAGGGCGGCUUUGAGUGCAGCUGUCGGGCGGGGUAUAAGCUUACUGGUGAUGGAAGGACAUGUGAUGAUGUGGACGAGUGUGCGGACUUCCCCCGCGGAGGCUGUCAGCAGACCUGCCAGAACUUCCUGGGCUCCUAUAACUGCAGCUGCUACAAGGGGUUCAGCCUCCGCUCUGACGACCACGCCAAGUGCCAGCCUGUGUGUAACCCACCCUGCCAGAACUAUGGUGUGUGUGUGGCCCCCGACACAUGUGACUGCCCUGCAGGCUAUCCUGGACCUGGCUGUUCAGCCAUGUGCUCCCCGCCUUGUGCCCAUGGAGGAACCUGCAUGAGACACAACAUGUGCGCCUGCCCACCAGGAUGGACGGCAUCCGGCUGCCAGACAGCGGUGUGUAAAUUGCUGUGUGCUAAUGGUGGCCGCUGCGUGGCCCCCGAUACCUGCCAGUGUCCAUCCGGGUACAGCGGAGAACAAUGUCUGACACCCCUCUGCUCUCCACCCUGCCAAAAUGAAGGCAAAUGCAUCGAUGUCAACAAGUGUGUGUGCCCCAGUGGGUGGUUCGGUGCCCGCUGCCAGAUAGAGCCCGUUCGUUGUGAGAAGCCGUGUCUGAACGGCGGCCGAUGCUCAGGAUAUAACGUGUGUCGCUGUCCCGCAGGAUUCCUGGGGCCACAGUGUGAAGCAGUGGUGACAGAGCCGUGUGUCCCCCCCUGCCAGCACGGAGGAAACUGCAAGCCCUUCAAUAAGUGUGAAUGUGCUGCGGGCACUGCUGGACAUCGCUGCGAGAAGCUGACUUGUCCUAUUGUGACAACGAAGCUGAGCACUGCCCGAGCCGUGCGCCAGGGGGUGAGGGAAAGUUAUGUGGAACGCUGUGGACCACUGGGGGCUCAGCUCUGCACCAAGUACAGAAUAAACCAGGUGCGGGUCUAUGUCCAGGCCUAUGUGGUCGGCUACAAAAUCCAAUGUCCUGCCAACAGCAGACAAUGAAGAGGGUGAGAGAAGACCUAUGAGGACUCAAGACCUUGGACCAGCCAUGCAUAACUGCACUUCAGUCCUGUACAUAUCCCCAUCAGUACUGUCUCUGCACCAUUCAGACCUGUCCCCUCGCUCCUCAGUUCUGUCCCUGCACCCCUCAGACCUGUCUCUUUCAGUCAGUUAUGUCCCUGCUCCUAUCAGUUCUGUUUUUGUACCCAUAAGUCCCAUACCUUCUCCUUUCAGUCUUGCCUUUCACCCCCCCAUUUUCCUGUCCCUGCUCCCAUCAGUCUUGUCAUUGCCUCCGUCAGUCCUGUCUCUUUCCCAUCAGUCCUGUCCACAUACUCAGAUGUCCAGUUGUAGGUAGCCAAGAACUUGAGAGCAAGAGGAUGAGAGUGAUGGUAGU